GAAAAGCCUCUUCCACACGCCGACACAGGGUCGGCGGAUUUGGGCCGUCUAGGUUGCCCAAGGAUUACCACCAGCAUCAGCAUCUAAGAUCCCCCCCCCGUUGAAAGCCGCCUCCAACGUCUGGGCGGGGGGCAGGUUCAGGGUGGGAGAGGCAUCGAUCCCCAAUCGCCCAUGGAUCGCCGAUUGGGGGCCCGACGGCCCCAGCCUGCCCAGCCUCCCCAGGGCGGGCCUGGCCCGGCGAUGCGGGAGGUGGUGUGCGCGGACGCGCUGGAGUGGCUGCCGAGGCCCGGGUCGCUCCCGGACGGGUCGCUGGUGCUGACGUCGCUCCCCGACGCGUGGUCGGUGCGGGGCCUUCCCGAUGGGGUCCGAGCUGGUGGGCGUCGGAGGAUCGCGCCGGCGCCUCGAUGCCUCGGCGAUGCGCCGAAGGACCAAACAGCGGCACAGGCCGCAGGCCUGGGCGGCCUGGUUCCAGGGCGCCGUGCGCGCGGUGCUCCGCGCGCUGCCCACUGGGGGCGCGGCGGUGUUCUACCAGACGGACGUGCGGCUCCCGGAGGAGGGGCGGCAGGUGAGCAAGAGCUACCUGGUACUGCGGGCCGCCUCGGAGGUGCAGGGCGUGUCCCUGCGCUGGCACAAGGUGGUCCACUUCGGCAACGUCGACAAGCCCUCGGUCUCCGGCCUGCAGUACACCCACUUGCUGUGCCUGGUGCGCAACGACGGGCCCCUGGCCGCGGUGUGGCCAGACGGCCGGGCGGACUUCGGGAGCAGCAUACCCGACGUUGUGGCGCGCGGGCGCAAGCCCCCGCAGCUACGGAACAACGCGCGGUCAUGGGCGUGAACGCCACUCUGCUGGUGCUCAAGUGGGCGAUGCGCCGCAUUGCGGGCCUUCGGCUGGUGGUGGACCCCUUCUGCGGGGCGGGGACCACGCUGGCGGUGGCGAACUUCCUGGGGCUCCGGGCCCUCGGCGUCGACCUGUCUCCCCGGCGAGUGAAGCAGGCAGCCGCGCUCGACGUGAGCGAGCUUCUGACGCGGGAGCGGCGUGCGACCGACGGCCCAGAGGAUGGCCCAGCGGCCUCGGCCCGGCACCCGGGCAGCCUCGGCAGCUCCGCUGGGAGCACUGGCCUGUGCACGGUGCACGACGCCGACGCCGAUGAUAACCAACGGACGCAGUACCGAUUUGUUCCAGAUCCUGUUCCGGAAACGUUCCACGACGUCCAGCACACGGUGGAUGGGCUGGCGCAUGGCAGGCUUUCGCGCGACAGCAAUGGGUCCAGGGACAGCCGUGGGUCCAAGAUCGUGCCACUGACGGAGAUCGGGCUGCGCGGUGGGAGGAACGUCACGAUCAUGGGAUACGUGUCGAAGAGGGACCGAGGGAUCUCGGGCGAGCUUGCGCGUGGUGGGGGCGACUGGGAGUCCCACAUCCUGUCCAGCCUAUGCGACCCCUGGCACGAGGAGGGCGCGAGGGGGGGGCAUUUCCUCGACGUGGGUGCCAACAUCGGCACCUACACGCUGCCCAUGGCCGACUGCAUCCGGGGCAGCGGCUCUGUGAUCUCCGUCGAGGGCAUGCCGAGCAUAGCAGAGCACCUCAGAGCAGGCAUCGUGGAGAACAAGGCUGAGAACGUCGUCCUCUACAACUACGCCAUUGGCGGAGACACCCCAGAGAACUCGGUGGUCAUGCAGCUCGACGGCAAGAACAAGGGCGGGUCGCACAUUACCGGGAACAAACCUGGUGCGUCCGGCGUCUACACGGUCGAGGUGCCGCUGACGACCCUGGACUCCAUGCUCCACCAGGAUCCAAGGAUGAGGGCCAUUCUGAGCGCGAAGGUCGACAUAGAGGGUAACGAGGGCCGCAUGCUUCGUGGCGCGGAGGAGCUCUUCUCGAAGUACCCGCCCUGCUACCUGUGUAUCGAGCUCGUGCCCGAGUGGCUCAACAGCACAGGCACUCCUGUAGAAGUCAUCCUUCCGAUGCUCAAGGACUACGGCUACAGGGGUGUGCCCGAGACGGAGUGGUUCUUGCACUCCAGUUGGCGCGCAAAGACGAUCCGACUCCACCAGAAGGCCCACCGUGCUUGGGUCGCGUCUCUGCGCGAAGUGACCGCGCUGGACGUCUGCGACGCCUCUGAAGUUGGAAAGGCCGCUACAGAGAGGCGAAGCUGCUUCCCCGACGUCUGGACCUGGCCGCGCGCCGCCAUGGCCGAGCUCGCCAGCCUCGCCUCCGGCGCCUCCCCGCACCAGACGAGCCAGGGCGGCGCCUGGGCUCCCCCGCAGCAGCAGAGCGCCCCCGACGAGCUCCGCAAGGCCGUGGCGGCGGAGGACUGGGCCAGGAACUACACCGAGUCCAUCCGGGGGAUCCGCAUGCAGGCCGACUGGUCCGCGGGCCCCGAGCGGUGCGCCAUGCUGCAGGCGAUCGCGGCCACCUCGCGGGCGCGCCGCGUCCUGGAGGUCGGGAGCUUCUGCGGCGCCGCGGCGCUGGCGCUGGCCGAGGCGCUGCCCGAGGGCGGGGAGGUGCUAUCGCUGGAGCUGGACGAGUACGCGGUGGACUUCGCCAAGCGUUUCCAGACGCGCAGCCCCUUUGGCCACAAGAUUAAGCACAUGGUGGGGCCCGCGGAAACCUCCCUGAAGGAGCUCGCGGAGAAGGCCGUGGACGGCAAGCCUUUCGAUCUCGUCGUACUGGAUGCCGACAAGGAACGUAUGGAGAUGUAUCUCGAUCUGCUCAGGAACACCCCGGGGAUGCUUAGCGAGGACUCCGUCGUCUGCAUUGAUCUCACCCCUUUCAAGGGACAGCCGCCGCUGCGCUACCAGAAAUAUGGCUUCCCUUACCUGGAAGAAGGGUCUGGUCAGAAGGCCAUCGACGCCCUGCGAGCCAGGAUGGCCGCCGAGCCGGAUGUCGCCGCGUACGAGUUUGGGCAGAUGAUGGUAGUGCAGAGGAGGCGGAACUAG